GCCUUCCUACAAUUCCAAGAACGUACGUGCGCCAGAGAUAGUUUCCUCAGCACCCUGCACCUGUCGUCAGCCGUCACCGGCCAGCCAGCUAGCCGCUAGCCAUGGCCGCCGGUUCCGAAGCUCUUCUUGACGCCACCGCGCUCUCCCUCUCCCUCGCGCUGCCGACGACGACGCCGGCGCCCGGCCUGGUGGCGGGGCUCAAGAUCAACAAGGAGGACUACCUCGCCAUCUGCCUCGCCGCGCUCGCCGGUACCCGAGGAACCGGCCUCAGCAACAAGGCGGUCGUCGCUGGGUUCGGCCUCCCGCAGCACCAGGGACAGGGACACGGCAAUAAUAAUAAUAAGCAGCAGCAGUGGUGCCCACCGCCGGCGGCGCUGGCGCACGAGGAGCAGCUCCGGUUCCGGUGCGCGGUGUGCGGGAAGGCCUUCGCGUCGUACCAGGCGCUCGGCGGCCACAAGUCCAGCCACCGCAAGCCGCCCACGCCGGAGCAGUACGCCGCCGCCGCGGCGGCGCAGCAGCAGGAGGCGGUUUCCGCGCCCGACUCCGAGGAGACGACGACGACGACGACGUCGUCGUCGGGAGGGACGACUUCUACCGGUGGGCCGCACCGGUGCACCAUCUGCCGGAAGGGGUUCGCCACGGGCCAGGCGCUCGGCGGCCACAAGCGCUGCCACUACUGGGACGGCACGUCGUCGGUGUCCGUCUCCAUGUCGGCGUCGGCGUCCGCUACGGGGUCGUCGUCGGCCGUCACCGUCAGGAACUUUGACCUCAACCUGAUGCCUGUGCCGGAGAACGCCGGCAUGAAGAGAUGGGUCGAGGAGGAGGAGGUGCAGAGUCCACUGCCCAUCAAGAAGCGCAGGAUCUUGGAUUAGUUUAACUCUCACUGCCUACUUUUGAGAUCGUGUGUCCAUAAAUCUCGGAUUCUCAGUUCAUGUAAAAAUGAUUGAUUUGUUCUUUUACACUAAUAUAAAUUAUUUGCUUUUUCUAUAGUAUA